CUAAAUCGAGAAAACACAUAUAGCUGGAGGAGCGCUCCAAGGUUUUGAAAAAAGAAAAGAAAAUGGAGGUAGAGAAUGCGAUUCCGUUGGCGGCUCACUAAAACAACGAAGAUAAAAGGAGCACAAUUUUUUUUAUUACAACUACCUGUGCCUAAACGAAUUUGAUUUGAUGGCCAUAAGGCCUUUGCUACAGAAAAAAAUCACAACAAUCUUGAACCACCACCAGAAGAAGAAGGACAAAACCCUCUUUUGUUCUCCUUCAUUUAUUUCCAACAAUAAUCCUCUUCUCUUUUCUUCUUCUCAAUCAUCCAUUCCUACUUGCUUCCGUCAAUUGGCUUUUUCAAGCACUGCUUUUUCUCGCCAACACCAAAGACAAAGACAACAAGAACAACCACCACCAAAUCAUCAGAUACUGCACCGUUUUCCUCAUCGAUUUAGGUCCUCGGUGCCUCUUCCGGACACGCUGGCGCAGAAAAUUGGCAAAUCGUUUCGCCGACCCGGUGCCCCUUCCAAGGCUAGGGUUUAUGCUGAUGCCAAUGUGAUACGUCCUAAAGACUACUGGGACUAUGAGUCUCUCACCGUUCAAUGGGGGGAGCAGGAUGAUUAUAUGGUGGUAAAGAAGGUUGGGAGAGGGAAAUACAGUGAGGUUUUCGAGGGGAUGCAUUGCACGGAUAAUGAGAAAUGCAUAAUUAAGAUUCUCAAACCAGUGAAGAAAAAGAAAAUUAAAAGAGAGAUUAAAAUACUGCAGAAUCUCUGUGGAGGACCGAAUAUUGUGAAGUUGCUUGAUAUUGUUAGAGAUCAACAAUCAAAGACUCCGAGUCUCAUUUUUGAAUAUGUGAAAAAUACUGAUUUUAAAGUGCUUUAUCCGACACUUUCAGACUUUGAUACUAGGUAUUACAUCUACGAGCUUCUGAAGGCUUUAGAUUAUUGCCACUCACAAGGUAUCAUGCAUCGAGAUGUGAAGCCUCAUAACGUCAUGAUUGAUCAUGAGCAGAGGAAACUUCGUCUGAUAGAUUGGGGCCUAGCAGAAUUUUAUCACCCUGGGAAAGAAUACAAUGUUCGGGUUGCUUCAAGAUACUUUAAAGGCCCAGAACUUCUUGUUGAUCUGCAAGACUAUGACUAUUCUUUGGACUUGUGGAGCCUUGGUUGCAUGUUUGCUGGAAUGAUAUUCCGUAAGGAGCCAUUCUUCUAUGGGCAUGAUAAUUAUGAUCAGCUGGUCAAAAUAGCCAAGGUGCUUGGAACAGAUGACCUGAAUGCAUAUUUGAAUAAGUAUCGCAUAGAGUUAGAUCCACAUCUUGCUGCCCUUGUUGGGAGGCAUAGCCGCAAACCAUGGUCCAAGUUUACUAAUGUUGACAAUCAACAUUUGGCAGUUCCUGAGGCUGUUGACUUCCUUGACAAGUUGUUGCGAUAUGAUCACCUGGAAAGGCCAACCGCAAAAGAAGCUAUGGCUCAUCCAUACUUCUAUCCAAUUAGAAAUGCAGAAAGCAGCAGAACUCGUACCUAGUUUCAAAUCUCAAGAUGCUGUUUAGUCCUGGCAUCUCAUUGUUCUUUGUUGCGGCCUUCCUAUGUAAUUUGUCCUGGCAUCUCAAGACUUUCCUUUGCAUUUAGGAAAGUCUUCCAUGUUUCUGUUAUAAAGCCAGCCAUAUUUAAAUUGCUCAAUUUAAGCUUCUCCUGACUGAAUAUACUGUUUUUUGUUUUUUUUUAAUCUGAAUUUAUGUGCUCCUAAUCUGGGAAUGAAAUACUGAUUUCUGAUUUUUUGUUU